AUGGCCUUGUUAACCUUUAGACUUCAUAGACCGAAGUUUGUCUUUCUGCGUUGGUUCAGCACCGCAAACGUUCAUCAACGUAGCAAUACGACAAGAGUAACAAAAGGCGCAAAGAUAAGAACUGGUGGGAAUUCAGCAUCGAGUCUUUCAAGUAUAUCAAAUCGGAAGAAAUUCCGAGCGACAACAUUUUCCACAUCAUUACUUUCACAAAUCGAGGCCCUUGGGCUCGCCAGACCACUUACGGUCUCUGGCAAGUAUGGGAACAAAGUGGCGAUAAACCAUAAGACAAAAGUUUUAGAAAACUUAAAGAAGGUUGAUAUUGAUCGGGAAAGGCUUGAGUUACCACACUUUUAUUUUUUUGCAGGAGCAAAGACUCCAACUUCGUUCCCUGCCCCAGAUUUACCCGAAUUGGCCUUUGUUGGUCGAUCGAACGUAGGGAAAUCUUCCUUGAUUAAUGCAUUAGGCGAUAGUCGCAGUGCGCGUACGUCGACCAAACCGGGAUUCACGCAGCAGAUUAACUUCUACGCUGUUGGAUCAUUAUUUAACAUGGUAGAUAUGCCCGGUUACGGAUUCGCCUAUGUUAAAGAAGAGGAGAAAGCCAAGUGGAAAGAAUUGAUAGAGUCCUAUAUAUCUCAGAGGGAACUGCUGCUAAGAAUUUAUGUGCUUUUGGAUGCGAGACAUGGAAUCAAGUUGAUAGAUAAAGAGUUUCUACGAACCCUGGAACAACAUCAAGUUGCAUUUCAAGUAGUCCUUACCAAGUGUGAUCUUGUGACUGCAGUUGAUCUUGCACGCAGAUAUGUACUUGUUGAGACGGAGCUUGCAGAAUUCCGUCAUGCUGUGGACAAGCCGUUAAUGGUCUCGUCUGAAACAAGCGCAGGCAUCUUCAUGAUGAGAAAAGAGAUGUUGCGACUGGCAGGUGGAUUAGAUCGUGCUCGUAAGUUUGCAAGAAGAAAUAAAGUAUCUACAGAAGACGCUGUGGAUAGUCCACGAGCAAAAAAAAAGGGGGAAGAAUGUAUUAGCCAGAAUAAAAGUAAAAAUACGAAUAAAGCACGUCGUUAA